AUGGUUACUAGGAGUGGUAAGAUAUUGUCUGGCCUUUCUGUAGGCAAAUCUGUGAGCAUUGAGAAAGUUGCAGAGGAACCAGUAGAACAACACCCAGAGGAGACUGAGAAGAAAAAAAGUUUUAUUGAUAUUUCAGACAAGGAGAAGGAAGAGGAAGUGGUGUUGAAACCCAUUCCAACGCCACCACCUCCCUUUCCUCAACGGCUGAGAAAGAAGGCGGAUGAUGCAAAAUUCAACAAGUUCCUAGCAAUACUCAAGCAAUUGACUCUAAAUGUGCCAUUGAUAGAGGCACUUGAGCAAAUGCCAAACUUUGCUAAAUUUAUGAAGGAAUUUCUAACAAAAAAGUGGAAGUUUACCAAAGCUUUAUGUGACAUAGGAGUAAGUAUUAAUCUGAUGUCACUUGAUAUCUACAAGAAGCUUGGAUUGGGGGAACCUAUCCCCACAACGAUGCAUCUUGUGAUGGUAGAAAGACCGAUGAAACGACUAGUUGGUAUAUUGCAUGAUGUGUCGGUAAAGGUGGAUAACCUUAUUGUGCCUGCAGAUUUUGUGAUAUUGGAUUGUGAUGUUUAUUUUAAGGAACCCAUCAUUUUGGGUAGACCACUAUUAGCCACGGGAAGAGUAUUGGUUUAUAUGGACCUCAAUGAGCUAAAGUUCAGAUUUCUACGAUGUACAAAACUGAGCAUGGCACCAAAGAGGAAGAAUCCAACCACAUCAAAGAAAGCAAAUAAAGAGAGUGUACCUCAAAAACUUGUCAAUGAGGACUCUGAUUAUGAAGACGAGGAGCCUUUGCUCCGAUGGAAAAGAAAGAGGACUAGUCCAAAGACUUCGCCUCCACCUAAGCCUAUUAAGGUGGAGGAUACUGAUGAUACUGAGGUGACAACUUCAUCUGACCAAGCUCCGAAGGAAUAA